AUGAAUCCAGAGGAACAAACUGUAACCUGGCUUAUUUCAUUAGGAGUUUUAAAUUCUCCUAAGAAAAUAGUAGAGGAUCCAGGAGAGUUCCUGAAAACUUCUCUGAGAGAUGGAACUGUGCUUUGUAAACUCAUUAAUCGACUUCUUCCGGGAUCUGCAGAGAAGUAUUGCCUGGAGCCUAAAAAUGAAGCUGAUUGCAUCAGUAACAUCCAAGAGUUCUUGAAAGGCUGUGCAGCCCUUAAAGUGGAGGUGUUUGAUCCGCAGGAUUUGUACAGCGGAGAACACUUCUCCAAGGUCCUGAGUACAUUAACAGCUGUAAAUAAAGCUACUGAAGAUCAGCCAGCACAAGGGCCAUGUUCACGUCUCUCGUCUCUUAGCUCUGCAGCUGGAGGUCCCCACACCGACUCCAACAGCACAGCUUCACAGUCCACGAGGGUGCUGAGGAGGCAGUCCAAGCCUGUGGAGAUGACCGAGAAUGGCAAUCAUCAGCUGGUGGUAAAGGCCAGGUUCAAUUUUAAACAGACCAACGAGGAUGAGCUCUCUGUUAACAAAGGAGACAUUAUUUAUGUCACCAGAGUUGAAGAAGGGGGCUGGUGGGAAGGGACCUUGAAUGGAAAAACAGGCUGGUUCCCAAGCAACUACGUCAGAGAAAUCAAAUCCACUGAUAAACCACUCUCCCCCAAAGCAUUAAAAGGACUUGAAAGCACUCAGCUGACAAAGAAUUAUUACCCUGUGGUGUUGCAAAAUAUUCUGGAAACAGAACGAGAUUAUGCGAAGGAACUACAGUCACUUCUGGGAACUUACUUAAGACCCCUCCAGUCUUAUGAUAAGCUCAGCGCUGUGGACAUCGCAUCACUGCUGGGAAACGUGGAAGAGAUCUCUGCAUUCCAGCAAACCCUCAACCAAGCCUUGGAAGAAGUUGCAAAGCUGCCUGAGAACCAGCAGCGUGUGGGAGGCUGUUUCAUGAACCUGAUGCCCCAGUUCCGCUCCCUGUACCUGACCUACUGUGCCAACCACCCCUCGGCCGUCAGCGUCCUCACACAGCACAGUGAUGAGCUGGAGAAGUUCAUGGAGAGCCAGGGUGCAGCCAACCCAGGCAUCCUCAUCUUAACCACGAGCCUCAGCAAACCCUUCCUGAGGCUGGACAAAUACGUGACACUGCUGCAGGAGCUGGAGCGACACAUGGAGGAGGCGCAUGCAGAUCACGAAGAGGUUCUGAAAGCCAUCACAUCCUUCAAGGCCCUCGUGACACAAUGCCAGGAGCUGAGGAAGAGGAAGCAACUGGAACUGCAGAUCCUUUCCGAAUCCAUCCAGCGCUGGGAAGGAGAGGACAUAAAAACCUUGGGAAAUGUCAUCUACAUGUCCCAGGUUAUGGUACAGUGUGGGGGGAGUGAGGAGAAAGAGGAGCGAUAUUUCUUGUUGUUUUCAAACGUUUUGCUGAUGCUGUCUGCAAGCCCACGGAUGAGUGGCUUCAUCUAUCAGGGAAAGCUGCCUCUGACAGGGAUGACGCUGACAAAGCUGGAGGAUGCUGAAGGGAGCGAGCACAUGUUUGAAAUUGCAGGGAACAUGAUGGAGAGGAUCACUGUGUCCUGCAGCACCAGCCAGGACUUGCACGAGUGGCUUGACCACUUGCAAAGGCUGACCAAGGGGACGUGCAACACCGUGUCCAAAACACAGUCCUGGAGUGUUCACUCGACAUUCAGUUCAGCUGGACAGAUCCGUGGGCCUCUGGAACCCCCCAAAAUCCUUAAGCCCUGGAGCUUGAGCUGCCUCCGUCCUGCUCCUCCACUCAGACCCUCGGCAGCACUGAGUUACAAAGAGAGGAUGUCUUAUAUCUUAAAGGAUUCCAGCAAAAGUCCAAAAACAAUGAAGAAGUUUCUUCCAAAAAGGAAAACUGAGAGGAAACCAUCUGAUGAAGAGUUUGGUUUUCGGAAAAGUACUGCUGCACUGGAAGAAGAUGCUCAGAUCCUGAAGGUGAUUGAAGCGUACUGUACCGGGGCAGGCUUCCAGCAAGCUCUCAGCUCAGGCUCCCGUAAAGACUCCAUCCCCCAAGUCCUCCUUCCUGAGGAAGAGAAAAUCAUCGUAGAGGAAACAAGAAGCAAUGGCCAGACUGUCACAGAGGAAAAGAGCCUCGUUGACACGGUUUAUGCACUGAAAGAUGAAGUCAAAGAACUGAAGCAGGAGAACAAAAGGAUGAAGCAGUGUUUGGAGGAAGAGCUUAAAUCCAGGAAGGACUUGGAGAAGCUGGUUAGAAGGCUGCUGAAGCAGACAGAUGAGUGCAGCAGGGAGGACACAGGGCGCAAGUCGUCCCUCAUCGCCUGAACCCGGGAAGAAGCUGCUGGCAGUGGUGUGUGACCUCAGGUGUUUUUUUUGGGGGGAAGCCUCUUCUUGCUCCUUAUUUUGUUGGUUUGGGGAAUUUAUUACCAAAAAAACCCCAAAAGUCAUA